AUGCCAGACGUUGUCAAAAGAAUUGCGAGCUACACUUUCGCGCAGCUUAGAGGAUCGCGAAUAAAUAUACCCUCUAACAGCACGAGCCCACCUGGCCUGAUAGAAGCAAAUACUCGAGAUCCUUGGUCAAAGUCCGGAGAGUACGCCUUGGGCUGGGUGUACUUUUGUGUAAUUUUGCUGGCGUUCGCAUGCCUUUUACAUCUCUACCACAUCUGGACGGACAAAGUUCGAACAGCACUGUAUAAGGAAGAUGCUGUGGCCUCUGCUAUGAUAGAGUCUCCGGCCACAGACUAUGAAUUAUCAGUGCUCAGUACUGAUAGAUCGACACACAAAUUCUUCCCGCGCGAGGGACCGCUACCCGGACAACCCAAAUUGCAGUCAUCAGUCUCGUCCAUGUGGCUGGUCAACAAUACGAUAGCGCUUUUUCGAUUCGUGUUCUAUCGGCCCAUACCAGUGCUCAGGCUGAGAAAAGGAUGGAGGCCAGUCAUAUUUCCCUCACUUGGUGCGCUUGUCAUUGUUUCUGCUGCGCUGGUAUUCGUAAUACUCUACUGUUUCGUCCCUCAACCCCUGUACUGGGAAAGUAUUCAAUUCGGUUCUCCGCCACUGGCCAUUCGAGCAGGAAUGAUUGCGGUGGCAUUGAUGCCGUGGAUUGUUGGCCUCAGCAUGAAAGCAAACGUCAUCACUUUUCUGACUGGAAUUGGUCACGAACGACUCAAUGUGUUACAUCGCUGGCUUGCAUACAUCUGUCUGAUCUUGAGUUUGAUCCAUACGAUUCCCUUCUACGUCACGCCUAUCUGGUCUGAGGGUGGACUGGGCGUCUUUCAACCAGCAUUUGGCAAUUCUGGCAUUUACGUCUAUGGCUCUGGCGUUGCGACACUUGUCCCUCUCAUCUUUCUUUGCACGCACUCUCUUCCGCCACUACGCCGUAAGAUGUACGAAUUGUUUGUUGCCUUGCAUGUGCCCGUAUCAGUUGUUUUUCUCGCCAUGCUCUUUUGGCACUGCAAAAACUUCCUCACAUCGUGGCACUAUCUAUGGGCGACUACGGCAAUGUGGUUCAUCUCGUACAUGGUUCGCUUAUUCUUCCUCAACUGGACUAACUAUUUCCGACUAUCGUGGUUGGUCGGUGAGGAGGCGGCCGUGACAUUGAUGCCUGAAAACGCAAUCAAAGUCACCAUUCCCACACAGGUCAAGUGGAAGCCUGGACAAUACGUCUAUCUGAGAAUGCCCGGCAUCUCGGUCUUCGAGAAUCAUCCUUUCACUAUUGCGUCUCUAUGGAGUGAUGACUUCCCUUCUCAAUACGGCGAACAGUAUAGAGACAUGGUUCUAGUCUUCCGACCUUUCGGUGGCUUCACCAAGAAAGUCCUGGAUAGCGCUUUGGACAAUGGGCCGUGGCACACCUAUCGCGCUUUCAUCGAUGGACCCUACGGCGGUAUGAGAAGAAGCAUGGACUCCUUCGAUCAUGUCGUUCUAUUUGCUGGCGGCAGCGGCAUCACAGCCUUGGUCUCCCAACUUCUCGACCUCAUCAAACGUCUUCGAGAUGGUAAAGCAGUGACCAAAUCCGUUCAAGUAAUUUGGGCCCUCAAACGACCAGAAACAAUGGAAUGGUUCAAAGAAGAAUUGCGCAUCUGCAGAGAGUUUGCCCCGCCAGGUACAGUACAAUGUCAGUUUUACAUUACAGCUGCAAAAAGACAGCCUAGGACUGGAGAAUUGGUCUCGGCACAGACACCAACGAGACCAAUCAGCAUGAUGUUCUACAACAAGGUCAACGAGACAUUCCAGAAUAUUGCAAACAACAGACUCUCCACCAUCUCGGCAAACACCAACAGAAACUCGGCCUUGAUAGCGGAAGAAGCGGCAGGAGAUCCGGAGAGGGAAAAGGCAUUGAGACGCGAAAAUGAAGAUCGCCUCAGACCAUUACCUCAAGCGCAUCUACUGCCCAUGAGAAGCGCAUCACGCAGUGGUCGCGCCUCACCUCCACCAUCCGAGUUAUCAACUCCUCGACUCACGUUGGCGGAAAAGCGAAAGUCUCAGCAAAUGUCAAUCCCACUGCCUGAUCCCGCCGCACCAGCCUAUCUCAGGGAAGGAGCAUCCCCUCAAGGCGAAUUCGACUUUGGUUUCCCGUCCACACCCACCGAGUUCCAGAAAAACCUCAUGCGCUUUGCGUUUUUGCCUGCUGCUGUAAAGUCGACAAAGACUGGUUGGAGUACAGAGUAUGGAAGGCCAGACAUCCCGUUCAUGUUGAGAGAGAUGAGUCAAGAGUGGACUGGAAGAAGGACUUGUGUGUUUGUGUGUGGGCCGCCGAGUAUGAGGGUUGAUGUCAGUAAUACUGUUGCAGAGUUACAGAGGACGGUGUGGAAUAACCCGGGUAGAGAUGAGGUGUAUUUGCACGCAGAGAAUUACGCGAUUUGA